AUGGGUGGGAUGUGGGAAUGCUCUUUGAAUACUGAGCUUCAGUUUUCAUUCACCUUCCUGCUCAGCAUUGUGUCAGCCAAGAGCUUACUCAGCAAACACCUCACAUUGCUGCACUUCCUGGCGAGGGGAGUCCCAGGUUGUGCUACUAGAAAACACUUCACUUCCACUUCCUUACCUGGGCAGUCCUCUGUUGAAAAUUUUGUGCUGAGAUUUGAUCUCCCUCUCCCACGGUUACUGCCGUGCCCAGGAGGGUGCACAGGCCCUGGUUCUGGCCCUCCAGUCACCUGUCUAGGACACCCCUCUGCUCCACCAGGACCUCUGACCCAGAGGCUGGAAUGGGGUGCUGGUAGGCAAUAUGUUUGCUUGCUCACAGUGACAUCCUCUCUUUCUCCGGACACCUGCUGCUUCUGUGGGUUUGUGUGUGGCAGUGGGUGA